AUGGACGCCGCAAUCAUCCUUCCUACUACAGCCGAACGAUGCACCGACAAACGCCCACGUAUGUCAUGGGCCAAGAGGCCAAUCCCUUUGAAGAAUUCGGUAUUCUUCAAGAAGGCCAAACACGGUCAAGAAUGGCAUGAAGAGGUGGAGGGCACUGCUGGGCGACUGCACCCCUCAGAUCCUCAAUUCCCGUGGGGUUUCGUCCGUAACCACACCGAUACCUAUCUCAAGAAGAAAGGCAAAAUUAGUCAGGAAGAAGCAGAUGUAAGACUGUCAAAACUGGUUCAGAUGCAUCGGGCGAGAGAUGUUGCCAUAGCCUCUGUAGCGCAUGCUAUGACGGCGCAAAGCCUGAGCCUGCUGCUGCUUGCUGAAACGAAUGUCAUGUAUGGAAGUUACUGGGGCCUCGACACUUGGCUACAGAGCUUGAUAGCUGCAAAUGAAGGCAAUCCCGCCUCAACAACACAUUUGGAGGCACAAUGGGCACGCUUACUUCUACCUUAUGCCACUGUCGGUCCUAGCGCAGCCGGCUACUACCUGAAGGGCGUAACUCAGGCCCUGAAAGAAUUCGAACCCCGGAACAUGCAGAAUGACCUUUAUAAAUUCGCGGCACUAUUAGGGAGAUCUAUAAAGGAUUACGCGGCGCAGUUGGAAGGCCUCCGGUUGACAAGUGAUUGGGUCGCAGCUAAGGAGGCAGUAGACUGGAUGACGAAACUGGAUACAUUGUCAACUCUGGAUUUAUCAGGUUCACUGCGCAUAGAAACUAUCUUCGACGAGCAAUUCCCAGCCUGGAGGAUGUGGGCUUCUUGGAGACCAGACGUUGAUCGUAUUACCCACCUCUCCAAGCUAAGAAGCACAUGGACGUCGACUAUUAUCGAUAUAUUAGCCCUGGAAGGACCUGACCUGAUUACGGGUACCGAAAGGACUUUACGUCAAGGAUUGAUAGCGGAUUACAGCGAACAACGAAGAUGGAUACAUUACCGUGGUCUGGUGAUCGAAGUUCCCGAGCUUACGAGAGUAUGCUUAGCGGCCGUUCUAGGGAGACUUGUGCGAGGCUUGGACACGGUUUCCACCUCGAUACCCGAGAGUGAAAGCCUCUUCAGCCUUUUCCGAUCGUUGACAAUCGGCCGAACAAUUACCAAGAGCGGCUUAGACCUUUUCGAUGCCUCGUUGGAGAUCACCUCUACAUCUAAAAACGAUUCCUUUACCGCUAUCCGCGAGUUGUGGUCUGAGAAACAGCAAAUCAGUGGAAUUCAUGUUACAUCCCUUCAGAAGCUUCUUAGUAUCCUCGAAGAACCGCAAGCGACGACUUUCCGCGAACUGUUCCUCCAAGACUGGCUCUUCUAUGGCUUUGAGAAUUGUUUUCGCGAGUGCCAAUCUGUAAUACGGGAGCAGAUCAACACCCCUGUUUGGCUACGUCUACUCCUCGAGCUACACACAUUCUGUACUGCCGUGAAAGCAUCUGUACACAUAUUUCCGCAGCUGAGGCCCGAGUUCCAAGCAAAGAUACAGGAAUGGCCGAGCGAGAAACGGAUGACAUCAAUCAAGGAGAUAUAUAUCGCGGCCCAGAACGUACGUUUAGAUGAAGCGCAGACAAGGAACCCAUUCGUUUGGAUUGACCCUGAUAUCCCAUCUGAAUCCAUAUUAUCAACAUCCAGUCCACAAGACAAGUGGGGGCGACACUCACUAGAACUACUGAUCGAGAAACAUUGUCUCAAUCACCUACUCAAUAUGGAUGCGACUAGUAAUACUGUUGACCGAGCGUUGCGUGACAUCCUGGACGUAUGGGAGAACACUAUAGAAGGAGUGGACGACAGUGACCGGCGCAUGCUCGCAAUCCUUGUUUCGAGAGACAUCGGUGACUCUGCUGCCCAUCGCUGCGAGUGCAUUUACGAGCUCGCGAUAGACCUUGGCUUAGGUCAGCAAUCUACGUCCAUUAGAAAUAUGGUACGUAUCGUUCGGGUGGCGGAGAAUGAUUCACGGCAAGCCAUCAUUGCCUUGGCAAACAUUCUAGUCACGCGAAAAGGCUGCACGCAGUGUUGGAGAGCUCUCCUAUACAGAUGGCUAGAUCAGGAUGACAAGUUUGAAGUGGUACACGGUACUGCCCUCGUCGAUCACCUGAUCCAAGCGAUGGACACCAGAACUUGGCUCUCUUUCAUGCAGUCGCUCGAGACGCUCUUCAACGAUCUGAUAUCCUACCACACUGGAGAGCAUGCAUUACCAUCACUAUUGCAGCCUCAGCUUCUUUCUUGGGUAUCGAGGGUGGAUAAGUUCAGUCGCACCUUGACAACGCUUGAGGAUUUGGGUGGUAAUCCAGUCGCAGUACGCUCGAUUCUUUCUUCUAGCACAGAACCACAGAGAACAGAGAAUCUUGCUAUACUUUCUUGUCUUGAAAAGGCUGAAGGUAAGCCAUCCGAGGCGAUCAUACAAAGAAUCAUCAUAUGGGUAUCUGGCAGGAGAUCGGACUUGCACGAGGUCAAGGAAUGUUUGCACAAACUACUUGACGCAACUCACGAGACCAUACUGGCAUGUCAAGAGAUUUACGAUGCAAAAUCCGGCUUCCUGGAUAUACCCGGCCUUCCUACCCAUGAACAGGCUGGUCUCCGUAAAAUCUUCGAGAGAGAUCAUGUCUUCUACGAUGGCACCUGCGAACGAUACAAAUCCACUCUACAAGCAGACUCCUCCACCCUCAGCAGCGGAACCCCACAUUCGCAGCAUACCAUUGCCAAAAAAAGAUAUGACAUCCCACUGGCAGUCGCUGAGGUCAUGGUCGCUGGCUGGAUCCAAGACGAUGAUGUGAAACCGGAGACGAAGACUGUCAUUGACUGCUUCGCUCGGUUACUCAAUUUGGAGGUAUACGGCGGUAAGAUACCGGAGACAGAACUUCUCAAAGCAACAGCGUUCUGGGACGGCAUCGAAGCAGAGAUUAUGCGAGAAGCUGAUCGCCUCGAGUUGCUGAAGAGAACGCUCAAAACGAAAGAUCCUGUGGGUACCACAUUGUUACUCGAAGAGUACAAUGUACCUGAUACUAGCCUGCUGGAGGAUGAGAUACUUGAACUGCCUGCCGGUGUUAUUGAUUUAGUCGAACUGAUAGGGGACGACGAGGUUGAGAUGAGCUUCUCACUCGCUUCGCAUACCGAGCUACAACGAAGCGCAAUGGGUGUACCAAGCGCAGCAAAUAACCUUCUCAUACGAUUAUGUCUCGAUCCAUAUGGGAAUACGCCGCCAAGGUUCUGCACACACUACGACAGUGACACUGAUCUUGAGACUACUCAACAUCUCCCAUGGGUUUGCCAUGAGACGUCUAAAGUGCCACACGAGCAUGUGUAUUCCCUUCCGCUGGAAAUCCGCAUACCCGAAAUCCGAACGGACAUCUUCACCGUCGACAUGCUCCUAUCCUCCGUGUACAAUGCAGCUUGUACGGGCACCCUAAACCUCCUCCCAGGCUGCCCCAUAGGCAGGGCCAGCUCCAUCAAAACAAUCCUCAACGCCUUGCCCAAGCUCUCUAUCAUCCGCGAUGCAGUCCAAAUUUCCAGCGUCCUGGCUAAAUACCACGCCGAUGCCGAGAAGCUCAUCUCGUGGGCUUGUACGCAAUUUCGAGGCUACAUAACUACGGCGAGCGGGUUAUGUAGGAUCAAGAACUUGCCAAAAGGGACCCAUCAAUUCGUGCUUGCGAAUGCGAGUCCGGGACUGGAAAGUACAUACUUGUCCCGCCUACCCAAGUCGUCUUCGGAAACUACAGUACUCUUCCAUGGCACGUCACUCGACCGCCUCCCCGCAAUCCUCGCCCAGGGUCUCAUUGUCUGCUCUGGCACAUCUCUGGAACGCACCGGCGCCGUACAUGGCAAGGGUAUCUAUUUGUCCGAUGACCCCGCAUUUUCAUUUAGUUACUCAACCAUUAAUUCGAGUUGGAGAAACAGUGCGCUUCCCAGUAUGCGACUCAUGCUUGGAUGCGAGGUUGUUGGGAAAGGAAGCAGUGUUACGCAUGGGAUUCAUGUUGUGAAGGAUGCGGGGAGUGUAAUGGUGAGGUAUAUCUUCUUGUUUCCACACAAUGCUGUAGCACCUGUCGCGAAUCAUGUUGUUACGGCUAUGGGGAGUGCGAUGACGGCGUUGAGGACGGGCGUUGUGUAG